AAAAAAACCAGCAUUCAGAUGUCCACCGGUGGAACUAUAUCUAUCCUACUUGCAUGUCUUGCUCAUCGCAAUAGAGCUUUGAAAAACGGAGUUCUCUUCCCGGAAAUGAUCAUUCCAGCAUCGGCUCAUGCCGCUUUCACGAAGGCAGCCGAAGUGUUUAGGAUACGUGUCUUCCAAAUACCAGUAGACCCCAUAACCUUCAAAGUAGAUUUGAAGAAGAUGAAGUCGGCAAUAAGUAGAAGAACAUGUAUGCUCGUAGGUUCAGCGCCAAAUUUUCCGUUCGGGACUGUAGAUGAUAUUGUUGAGAUAGGAAAACUCGGACUUACGUACGACAUUCCUGUUCACGUUGAUGCCUGUCUUGGAGGCUUUCUUCUGCCAUUUGUAGACGCUCCACCUUUUGAUUUCAGAGUUCCAGGGGUUAUCUCCAUUUCAGCUGACACACAUAAGGUGAAGUCAUCCGAUAUACAGAUAUGUUGUUUUUGUUAUCUGAAUGAACACUUACAGUACGGGUUGGCGCCAAAAGGAUCAUCUGUAGUACUAUACAAAAGCAAAGACUAUUUGCACAACCAAUACUUUUGUGACGCAGAUUGGCAGGGAGGAAUUUACGCAUCUUCUACUUUGGAAGGUAAAGACAUUCUUUCGAAUAGUACUAAUCUACGCAUUUUGGAUCAUUUAAUUUGCAUAGAUUUUUAG